CUGGGGUACCUCCUGUACUGUGUCAAUUGCAACUACUGGAUGUCCUUGAAUUACGUACACGACUAUCGGAUUCGCAGAUUGUUACGUUGCGGGGCCGCAGCUGUCUUUACUUCACUGGCUUUGACGGAGUUACGUUAUAAAGCGCACUUCCUGGUCGCACUACCUGACAUAAACCUUACCAAUUAGCUGAUAGCUCUGCAGCGAGUUGCAGCGAGUUACUGGAGCGACGCAACCAACAUCUGCUUGACGCUGGUCACCUUAUCCUCCAUCCUAACCCUCGCCGCCGCGGGUACGCUUGGCCGUAGUGCCUAGCGGCUCUCUUUACAGUAGUGUAGCGAGCGAGGAACGAAGCUUCAAGUAACCCCGCGGCGGAGCUCGGCAGCUUUUUCGGCUUGCCAUCGGCCUGCUUGCCUUGCACACCCGCUCCGGGGCGCCGUAUUGGCGAGGCUGGCGCCGUCCAGCCGUACUGGAGGAUGCAGUCAUAAGCAGCUGCACGGAGCCUACCUAUCACAGUACAGAGCUGUAGCUUUCAUACACCUCGCACACCGUCGCCAGAGCGCCUCAAACUGGCGAGCGACGCCGCCAACAUUGUCGGUGGCGACCUCGACGCGGACUCGCUCAAUGCCUUUCAUGCCCUCAACAGCUUGGCAAUAGCGGCGGAGCAUGAGGCGGGGCGCGGCAAGGUGUCCAGCCGCUUGCUGGACGGCCCUGCGCUCACGUCAGGCUCGCAACGGUCGCAACCGGAGACCUCCCAGGAUGACCCAAUAACCACCAAGGUCGCCCUGAGCCAUGAGGAGCAGGAUGAUGCCAAGUCAGGGUCGGGUGGCAACCUAGGCCUGCCCAUGUCGAUGGGCAUGGGCAUGGGCAUGGCCAUGCCCCCGGGUAUGGCAGCCAUGGGCAUGCAGAUGCCCAUGCAGAUGCAGAUGCCUGGAAUGGCAGCCAUGGGCGCAGCCGCGUACCCGUACAUGCAGGGCCUUAUGCCGGCCUUUGCGGCCAUGGGAGGCCCGCAGAUGGCUGGCAUGGCAGGGCCAGGCGGCGUGGGAGCGCCCGGAGGUGCCGGCGGGGCGGGUCCUGAUGCAGCUGGCAGCGUGGUAACCGGCAUGCCGCUGGCUGACUUUGCGCAGCAGUGGCAGAUGGCGCAGCAGCAGCAGGCAGCCAUGAUGUACUGGUGGCAGAUGUGGAUGGCGGCGAGCAUGUACGGCAGCAUGGGCAUGUCGGCGGCAGGCAUGGGGGGUGCGGGCGCCGGCGGCCCGGACGUUGCCUCCAUGCCCAUGAUGGCUGCAGCGGGCAUGAUGGGUCCAGCAGCGGCUGCAGGAAUGAUGGGCGGCAUGAAUCCGCAGCAGUACCAGGCCAUGAUGCAAUCCAUGAUGAUGCAGAUGAGCAUGGGUAUGGGCGGCAUGGGGCCGAUGGGCGGCAUGGGGCCGAUGGGGCCCAUGGGCAUGGGACACAUGGGGGCAAUGGGCGGCGGUGCCGCCGGCGGCGGGGCGGGCGGUGCAGCGACUGCGGCGGCGGCGCAAUGGAUGCAGCAGGCGCAGGCCAUGCAGGCCGCCAUGAUGGGCGCGAUGACGGGCAUGGGGCCGCAGGGCGCUCCUCCGGGGAUGGUCCCGCAAGGAGGCAUGGGCAUGCCUGGGAUGGGGCCCAUGGGCCCGAUGGGAGCCAUGGGGCCCGGAGCGGCCAUGGCAGCGAUGGGGCCCAUGGCUGCGGCUGCGAUGGGCGGUUUCAAGGCCGCUGGCAUGGGCGGGGGUGGGGGCGGGGGCAGCUCGGGCGCUGGAGCUGGGGCAGGGUCCGGCGGCCCUGGCGAUGCGCCGUUGUCGCCGGGUGAUGUGCCGGGUGACCUCAUGAUGAUGCAGCUUGGGAUGCCGAUGCCAGCGAACAGCGACGAGGCGUACCAAGAGGAUGAGAUGGAGGGGAACACGGAAGAGGAGUUGGAAGACGUCGAGGACGGUGACGAGUCGCCGGCGCACCAGCAUUACCCGCAGCAGCCCCUCGUGCCCCCCGGCUUCGGCAGCUCGGUCCAGCAACGUCACACAGGGGCGGCGGGCGCUGCGGGACCGCAAGGCGGUAGCGGCGGCGUGUCGCAAGGGCCGCAGACGCAGCCGCCAUCACAGCCCCCUCAGGGUGCCGCAGCGGCGCAAGGAGCAGGAGGGGCCGCUGCGGGCCCUGCACAGGCGGCCCCGCCCGGCGGCGCUGCUACGGGGGGUGCACCGAACGGCCAGCCGCCGCCGCCGCCUCACGUAUCUGCGGCGGCGGCAGCGGCGCUGUCGGCAGCGGCGGCGAAUGCUGUUGCCGCCGCCGCGGCGAACAAGCGUCCUUUAGAGCAGGCAUUGGCCGUCAGUCCCAACGGCACCAGCUUAGCAGCAGCCGCGAAUAACAGCUACCUUUCCAACCAGCCGAAGAGGGGCCGGAGAGCAACCAAGGAGCAAAAGGUGUGCAAGAACUGCGGAACCAAGUCCACUCCCUUCUGGCGCAAAGACAAGAACGAUGGCCGACCGUUGUGCAAUGCCUGCGGGCUGUACUUUUCUAAAAACGAUGCGCCGCGACCAAAGAUACUCUGGAAGCAGGACGAGCAAGCCGCGGCGGCUGUUCGCGAGGGACAAGCCGCGGCGGCUGCGGCUGGCAACCCAGCCGCGGUGCUUCCGCCCUCGCUUAUGGCCGCCGCCGCGGACCCCACCACAGCGGCCGCACUGGCGGCGGCCAUGGCGGCAGGGCGGGCCGGCCUCGCCUUGCCGCCGGGCGCAGCCAGCGCCAUCUCGACAUUGCAGCAGAGCUUGCCAGGGCUGGCGGCGGCGGCCGCCGCCGCCGCCGCGGCUAGCGCCGCCGGGGCAGCCGCCGGGACCGCAGCCGGCGCGCGUCCUGCUGGCGCGGCACCCCUUGCGGGCGCAGCCGCAGCAGCGGCGGGAGGACCCCGGCCGGCGGGGGCGCCAGGGUCCAUGACGCCUGCGGGCGCGGCGAACGGGGCAGCCGGGACGCAGGGUCCUGGGGGGCCGGGUACAGUAGCGGGCGCCGUACCGGGACAAGUCCGCCCCAUCUUGCCGCCAGGAGCGCAGCUCAAUGCAGCUCAGGUGAUGGCCGCAGCAGCAGCGGCUGCUGCGGCUGCAGCGGCGGCAAGUAAGGGCGGGAAUGGGCAGGGUGUACGGCCGACGGUGCAGAUCCCGGGCAUGCCCAACUUGAUG